UCCACUUUUCUCCCUAUAUAAACAACUUCCUUUCCUUCUCAUCCAAUAUCCAAAACCAAUAAUUGUUUACUACAAUAAUAUGGCUUCCAAGAUUGUCUUUCUUGUGUUUCUUGGUGCUUUUCUCUUCUCCACUUCUGGGGCUCGAAAGUUGAGUACUGCCUCUUUUCAAGAUGAGAAGUUCUUCCGUCGUCCCAGAUUUGGAGGUGGCGGAUUGGGUGGAGGAGGUGGUGGGGGAUUCGGUGGAGGUGGAGGCGGAGGGUUAGGUGGUGGUUCGGGAGGUGGUUUUGGUGGAGGAUCUGGAUUUGGUGGCGGUGUUGGUGGUGGAGCUGGUGGUGGUGGUGGAGGAGGGUUUGGUGGCGGAGGUGGUGGUGGACUAGGCGGAGGGAGUGGUUUUGGAGGUGGAGCAGGGUUCGGAGGAGGCUCUGGUGGAGGACUUGGUGGUGGUGGUGGUGCUGGCGGUGGAGGAGGGUUUGGUGGGGGAGGUGGAGGUGGACUUGGGGGUGGAGCAGGAGGAGGGUUCGGUGGUGGUGCCGGUGCAGGAGGUGGAUUCCCUUGAAGGAUAUAAUAACGUUUUUUACUAUGAAAGGAAAAGGUGCCUUUGAGAAAUCCUAUCCAUAUAGUUUUUGCAUGCGUAGUGUGGUUUGGUGUUUGUUGUUUAACUUUGAAAUUAGAAGGUUUCAUAUGUGGCAGAACUCUUUCUUUUGGCUCACAAUGUCUUAUGUUUCUAAUUGUAAUUUUCGAGAAAUUAAAAAGAAAAUAAGAUUAUUUUUGAAAAGGAAAAAGUCUCAA